AUGCGGUUUACACUAUACGGGCUUCUGGGGUUUGCAUCCCUACUUCAUGCUGCACCCAUUGCCGAAAAUCUCUCCACAACCCUCAAAAGUUUGAAUGUCAAUCCUGCAGACUUCUCUCUGUGGGACCAGAGAAACUUUCUAGGAAACCCUCGAUUGACCUGCGUGGUCCUCGAGAAGUUGUUUGGUUCCAAGUCUACGGGUGUCUAUGAAAGUGGCUAUACUGCGUUGACAGAAAUAACAUGGUCUCAAACAUGUUGGGUGAAUCCUGCUUGUAUCGUUUCUCCAGCAAAUGCCCAGGAUGUCUCGAAGGCAAUAAUUGUUCUUCGGGCUCUCCAGACCAAGUUCAGCGUUAGGAGCGGUGGCCAUAUGGCAAAUCCCGGAUUUUCGAGUGCAGGGCCUGAUGCUGUCUUGAUCUCACUCAGCAACUUGACAAAACUCAGCUUGAGCUCUGAUAAGUCAAUUGCUACUAUUGGCGUGGGUAAUAGAUGGGGAGCUGUGUACAAUUAUCUUCAGCCCUACAACGUAACAGUCAUCGGUGGAAGAAUCGGGACUGUUGGAUCUGCACUGGUCCUAGGCGGAGGGCUGAACUACUUCAGCGGACAGUUUGGGCUUAGCGCGGACACCGUCGAAAGGUUCCAAGUCGUUCUAUCCGAUGGCUCGAUUGUUACUGCGACUCGCACAAAAAAUUCAGAUCUUUUCCAGGCCUUGAAAGGAGGCUCUGCUAACUUUGGAAUCGUCACCGAGUUCGACUUGCGGACAAGAUACUCAGGACCUCUGUAUUACGAGGCUGUCUUGUAUCCUGGAGACCAAUACCCUGCAUUGAUGAAGGCUCUUGUCGAAUACCAACGAAAUGGCAGUCUCGACACUAAAGCUUCACUUGUCACUUCGUUCCGUGUAGAAGGUAACUUGGUGGUAUUCUUGUACCUAGACCCGGUUAUUCGGCCCUCAGCCUUCGAUCCUUUCUACAGCGUGCCUUCCAUUCCAUUCUUCCCUCCUGGUUUUGCCACAAUUACCGAGUUGGUCGCCGCUCUCGGUAUUGGGUUUUCGUCUGAACCGGAAAGAGAUGCCACGCGAGUAACCAGCUUCGAGACUGACGAGAGUAUUCUAAACUACUCCUACGGCAUUUGGCAGCAGGUUGUUGCGACACUCCCUGCUAAUGCCUCAUUGGAGUGGGUGCCCCAGCCAAUCGGAGCCGGCCUCAAAGCUAAAGGCGACCAAUAUGGCGGCAAUAUACUCGGACUCCCGGCUAAAAACCACAUUUGGCUCGAUAUCGUGGCAAAAUGGAAGAAUCCGGCUGAUGAUGCCUUCGUCCUCAAUGCGAGUAAAUUCAUUCUCGACAAAACCGAUGCAUUCGCGAAGUCGAAAAAUAAAUAUUUGCCAUACUUGUUCAUGAACGACGCUUAUGCUGACCAAAAAGUGUUGAGAAGCUACGGAACUACAAACUUCAACAAGAUCGUUCAGGUUUCGAAGAAAUACGACCCGUCUCAGACUUUCCAAAAGCUGCAAGGGAACGGCUAUCUUUGGACGAGAGAGUGA